AUGGGAGAUUCAAGUGACUCAGUCUCCAUUGAUAUGGAGACGCCUUCUCUUAGUGGAAAGGAGUAUGUUAUUGAAACUUGCUGUGGUUAUGUUUCUGUUUCUGUAUAUGGAGACCAAGACAAGCCAGCUCUUGUUACUUAUCCUGAUUUAGCUGUAAAUCAUAUGUCUUGUUUUCAAGGAUUAUUCUUUUGUCCCGAAGCAUGUUCGUUGCUCCUUCACAACUUUUGUAUAUAUCAUAUCAGUCCUCCCGGGCAUGAGUUGGGAGCUGCUACAAUUAGCCCAGAUGACCCUUUGCUUUCUGUUGAUGACUUGGCAGACCAAAUUGCUGAGGUUCUCAACUAUUUUAGUCUUGAUGCAGUGAUGUGUAUGGGGGUUACAGCUGGAGCUUACAUUCUUACUUUAUUUGCUAUGAAAUAUAGACAACGUGUUCUUGGCUUGAUACUCAUUUCUCCUCUGUGCAAUGCACCCUCAUGGACAGAAUGGCUGUAUAAUAAGGUCUUGUCUAAUUUACUGUACUAUUAUGGCAUGUGUGGAGUGGUGAAGGAAUUAUUGCUUAAGCGGUAUUUCAGCAAGGAAGUUCGUGGUAGUGCUCAAGUACCAGAAUCAGAUGUAGUCCAGGCCUGCAGAAGAUUGCUGGAUGAGAGGCAGGGUUUAAAUGUAUGGCGAUUUCUUGAAGCGAUGAAUGGGAGACAAGACGUUAGUGAUGGAUUGAGAAAACUACUUUGUCGCUCGCUAAUAUUUGUUGGCGAGAACUCUCCGUUUCACUUUGAGGCUCUUGACAUGACAUCAAAACUAGACAGAAGACAUAGUGCCUUAGUUGAGGUUCAGGCUUGUGGGUCAAUGGUGACAGAGGAGCAGCCCCAUGCCAUGCUAAUACCAAUGGAGUACUUUCUCGUGGGAUACGGUAUGUACAGGCCGCCAAAGUUAAGUGUUAGUCCAAGAAGUCCUUUGAGUCCAAUUUGCAUCUCCCCGGAGCUUCUAUCGCCAGAAAGCAUGGGCUUGAAGUUAAAACCAAUAAAAACACGAAUGUCCCUAGAAGUUUGA